GUCGUGGGAGGAGUUUGCCGUUCUACGUCAUCACGUAGCUGGCGGGAGUUGUGACGCAAGGUUUCCUUGUUUUUAACUCAGCGCGGGAGUUUCGUCGGAGUCGGUUCGGUAAAAAUGCCCUGCGAAAGGAAGCCGAUGCGCUACGGGCACUCGGAAGGACACACCGAGGUCUGCUUCGAUGACACCGGCAGGUAUAUCGUAACGUGUGGAAAUGACGGCGAUGUCCGGAUUUGGGAAAGCCUGGAUGACGACGACCCAAAGUUCAUCACAGUUGGAGAGAAGGCCUACUCCCUCGCUCUGAAGAAAGGCAAGUUGGUGACGGCGAGCUCCAACAACACGGUGCAGAUCCACACGUUUCCCGACGGCGAGCCGGACGGCAUCCUGACGCGCUUCACCACCAACGCCACCCACGUCGCCUUCAACAGCAGCGGCUCCAGAGUGGCGGCCGGAUCCAGCGACUUCAUGGUGAAGGUGGUGGAGGUUUCCGACAGCAGCCAGCAGAAGACGCUGCGCGGCCACGAGGCGCCCGUCCUCAGCGUCUCCUUUGACUCCACAGAUGAAUUCCUGGCCUCGGCCAGCUGUGACGGCUCAGUCAUCGUGUGGAACAUCGAGGAGCAGACUCCGGCCAUCAGCUGGCCGCUGCUGCAGAAGACCAGCGACGUCAGCAACGCCAAGUCUCUGUGCCGGUUAGCCUUCCAGCCUGCAGCCGGGAAGCUGUUGGCCGUUCCCGUGGAGACCAGAGUGCACCUGUAUGAGCGGCGCUCCUGGGAGCACGUCGGCACGCUGUCCGAUGAGCUGCUCACGCAGCCCAUCAACGUGGUGGCGUGGUCCCCGUGCGGUCGCUUCCUGGCGGCGGGCAGCGUGGGCGGCUCGCUCGCCGUCUGGGACGCCAGCAACAAGCUGUGUCUGGAAAGGCAGAAGCAUGAGAAAGGCUUCACGGUGUGCAGCCUGGCCUGGCAUCCAUCGGGCAGCCAGAUCGCCUACACCGACACAGAGGGCUGCCUGGGCCUGUUGGACGGACUCGGCACCGCCUCCUCCUCCGGCACCGGCUCCACCAAGGCUCCAGCCGCCAAACCCGCCAAAGACUACGACGACCUGUUUGACGAGGACGACGGCGGUCCGAUGGACGAAGGACUCGCCGACGGCAACUCGGCGAAGGAGGCUGCGGCCGGCGAGGACGAAGACGAGGACGACUUCCUGAUUCCGUCCACGGGGCGGGUGAGGAACCGAGGCGCCAUCCUGGACGACGACGUCUCGCUGGACGGCGGGUCCCUUAAAUUGGGUCGGGACGAUGACGACGACGACGCCGGCAGCUCCGUGGCCCCCGCCGCGGCUCCUCCGGCGCCCCUGCGCCCCGUCUAUGACGGCCCCGAGCCGACUCCGCCCCAGAAGGCCUUCCAGCCGGGCUCCACGCCGGCUCACCUCACGCACCGCUUCAUGGUGUGGAACUCCGUGGGGAUCGUCCGAGGCUACAACGACGAGCAGGACAACGCCGUGGACGUGGAGUUCCACGACACCGCCGUCCACCACGCCAUGCAUCUCACCAACUCUCUGGGUCACACCAUGGCCGACCUUUCCCAGGAGGCCGUGCUGCUGGCCUGCCCCGGCACCGACGAGCUCGCCAGCAAGCUGCAGUGCCUCCACUUCUCCUCCUGGGACACCAAUAAGGACUGGAUGGUGGACCUGCCGCCGGGCGAGGACGCCAAGGCGCUGUGUCUGGGUCAGGGCUGGGCGGCCGUGGCCACCAGCUCGCUGCUGCUGAGGCUGUUUUCCGUCGGCGGCGUCCAGAGGGAGGUGUUCAGCGUGCCGGGGCCGGUGGUGUGCAUGGCCGGACACGGAGAGCAGCUGCUGGUGGUCUACCAUCGAGCGACCGGCUUCGGUGGAGAUCAGGCUCUCGGCGUCCAGCUGCUGCAGCUCGGUGGCAGGAAGAGGCAGCUGAUCACCGGCGAAGCGCUCCCCCUCUCACCCAGAUCCUACCUGUCCUGGCUCGGAUUUACCGCCGAAGGCACGCCGUGCUACGUGGACUCGGACGGGCUGGUGCGCAUGCUGAACCGCUCGCUGGGCAACACCUGGACUCCGGUUUGCAACACCAGGGAGACCUGCAAGAGCAAGUCGGAUCACUACUGGGUGGUCGGCGUGCACGAGAACCCGCAGCAGCUCAGGUGUAUUCCAUGCAAAGGUUCCCGCUAUCCUCCCACGCUGCCCCGGCCUGCCGUCGCCAUCCUCCCAUUCAAGCUGCCGCUGUGUCAGACCAGCACAGAAAAGGGACAAAUGGAGGAGCAGUACUGGCGCUCGGUCCUCUUCCACAGCCACCACGGCUUCCUGUCGUCCAGCGGCUACGAGAUCGACGAGGCCGCCCGGGCGCAGUCUGAGAAGGAGCAGCAGGAGCUCCUCAUGAAGAUGUUCGCGCUGUCCUGCAAACUGGAGCGUGAGUUUCGCUGCGUGGAGCUGGCGGAGCUGAUGCCGCAGAACGUUGUGGCGCUGGCCAUCCGCUACGCGUCCCGGUCCAGGCGGAUGAACCUGGCGCAGCGGCUCGGCGAGAUCGCGCUGGAGAAGGCGAGCCAGCUGCAGGAGGACGAGCCGUGGGGCCCGGAGGAGGAGGAGGCGGGGGUCCCCAGUGCCAGGCGGACCUCUGGGUACGGGCGGGCCGAGCCUGCGGCCGAUCCGAGGCGUAGUCGGGAGGAGGAGGAGGAGGACGGCGAGGAAGAGGACGGAGGGGAGCUGGAGUCGGAGGAGACGACGGACGCCACCAAACGUUCCAAUCCUUUCGCCAAGGAAGGAGGUUCCCCCGUGACGCCGACGCCAAUUGGUAAAGCAGGAAGAUCAAACCCCUUCAAGGUCGCUGCUCCUGGCAAGCCGGCGCCGGCGUCCGGACACCUUCGAGUCGCCAACAUCCUGGACAGCAUGACGUCCAGCAGGAAGUCGGCUCCACUCGGCGGGUCCGCCGCGACGGCGGGCAAAGGCCCCGUCCUGAAGCCGCUGGCCCCCAGAGCCAAAACGAAGGCUCAGUCCACUCUGCUGCAGAUCUCCAGCAACAAGACGGCUAACAAGAAAACCCCGGAGUCCGCGGAGCCGGCUGCAGAGCCGCAGCAACAGCCCGACGCCGCAGCGCCGGCGCUGCCGCCGCCGGCAGAGAACGGCGAAAACAAGAGGCCAAAGACGGGCUUCCAGCUGUGGCUGGAGGAGAACAGGAAGAUCAUCAUGGCCGACAAUCCGGACCUGGACGAGACCGACGUCAUCAAAGAGGCGAUGGGGCGGUUCAGGACGCUGUCUGCAGACGAGAGACGGUCGUGGACAGAGAGAGCGAAAGGACAAACCGGAGACGCCGCGGACGUGAGGAAGAGGAAGAGGGCGGACGGCGGCGCCGAAGACGAGACGGCGGAGAGCGACAGUGAGAGCAGCAGCAGGAAGAAGAAGGCCCUGGACGCGUCCUCCAAGCUGUCGGCGUUUGCGUUUAACAAAAACUGAACGUUUGCUGGUCCUGCAGAGAAGCUGCGACGUUUUUGAGACAAAGCAUGACCAUCGUUUGCUGUUCAAUUUAUAUUUCAUCUGUGAAAAAAAAAAAAAUGUUACUGUAUUUUAUCCAUUUAAUAAAAAAUAAAAAUUAA